GCUUUCAGUAUUGUCGUCUGCUAGCCAGGGCUAGCAGAAGUAAAUUUUUGCUCUAUUCAGAGCCGUAAAUACCAUCAAAAUAAUGAUUUCAAACAAUAAUUCGAGUAUUUUCCUCACAUAUUGUCAAUUUUAACGUUCUAUUAGACCAUCAGCCAUCUAAAGAAGCCAGAAAAUGAUUCUUCUGCUUCUCAUGGGCAUCGCCCUUCCGGGUAUGAUAAAUGCUGAACAGAUUCAUACAACUAAAGUUUUCAUCAUGCCAAUUGAGCCAAGCUUUUUCAAUUGGACUUCCGAGUAUUCAAGGAACCAAUUCUCGUACCACCCUUCAUUGUUGGAUGCUCCAGACCUUCCGCCCUGGAUGUACUACAUGUAUAGUCUACGUCACAGGACUGGCUUCCUGUAUGGGGUGCCACCUAAAACUCAAAAAGACCUGAUGGUGGAAAUUAUCGGUCUCAACAAAAGAAACUAUGAGACUAGAAGGCGCAUUGUUCAUAUGAAUGUUGUCGAGAAACCUGACUCAGCCCAACAUGAGGUUCAGAUCAAGAUCGACAACCUGAACGUGGAGGACAUGUUUGACGAGAAGCGCCUCAAUCAGCUGUUGGACGUGUUUCGACUGCAGCUGUGGCCGGAGAGUGCAGCCGACCUCUAUGUGACCUUCCUCGCAUCAGCUGUUCAGCUGGGAGCCAGGUUGCCCUUGAAGCCCAACGAGGGAGAAGGAGUUGUGCUGAGACUUGGCAGCCGUGCGAAAUUCUCAGCCAUGCUGUUGGAGCUGCAGGAAGAGGUGCGUCCCCUCUGGAAGCUGGGAUCCUGCCGUGGCUUCAAGCGCACCUCGGUUGAGAGGAUACUGCGUGACAGCGGCUUCACUUUGGAUUGGUGCACUUUCAGACUGGUGGAGCAAUCGAUGACAGAAUCUCUACCGGGGGGCAGUUUGCAGCACCAGACCGGUUCACAGCAGCACGACAGCGUUCUACUUUCGACCAACUAUGUGCGCUGGGACAGCGUGUGGAUCCGUCCUUCCCGGCUCGAUCUGCCCAUGCGCAACUACGUAUCAGAGUUCACGCUCAUCCUAUUCUUCCCAAUGGUUAUCAUGAUUAUGUUGGCUAUACUUCUGUCGACUAUACUCUGCUUCCAUCAUGAGGGAAUGGAAGAUGAUACAUCCAGUCAAUUCUUUGAAUCAGUGUUUACAAUUUGUGAAGAUUGUUGGAGAAGCAAGAGAAACGAAGACACUCCCGAUGUGCUGAUGGUGCAAUACGACGCAGUACACCGGGCAACCAGCACUCUGCGCUCUCUGUCUAGCUCACGCACCGGCAAUGAUGCCACUCUUCUCAAGGAUAGUCCACGGUUGUCUUCUCGUGAUCGUUCUACCUCGGCAGCAGUCCCUGGUGCAAGACCCAGUCCUCCUCCCUACGCCGGACCCAAGUUGAAUGCCCGUGUGGAUUUCUGACAGUACCUGGAAGAAGAACC